AUGAACAAAAAAAUAGAUUUAGGUAAUCUUUACCGUAAAUUAUACGAAACAUACAGUGCGACUUACGCUGAUAAAAAAAAACAGCAUAUACAGGAAGAAGUUAAUACCUUAUGGAAAAUUUUGAAAAGUAGUGACAAUAUCGAAGGUGAUGUGGAAUUGAAAAUCAAAGAGCUGCAGAUACAAAUGACGAAAAAAAAAGCGACACUAAUGAAUUUUUUUUCGAAAAUUCCUUCGGCGUCAAUAUCACGAAUAAAACUAGAGCGGGAAAAGGAGGGAAAAGUACAAGGAAAUACUAACGAAGGUCAGACAGCACUACCAGAAGACACUGAUAUGGUUAAUAUACCGUCAAGUGAAAGUCAGCUUCAAACAAUACCUAAACCAACGCCUAGUCAGAGUGCUUCACGGAAUAAAAUUGUAGUUUUAGAAUCUGAACUCAAUAGCUUGUUGUUAGCACGCGAUACUGGUAUAGCCUCAAAUGAAGCAAUAAAAAAAAUCUCAACUUUAAAGAAAAAUAUUCAGCAGGAAAAAAAUAUAUUAAAGCGAAAGAUUAGCGCAGCAGAAAGACAGAAAAAAAGUCGUGAUUUUAAAAAACAAAAAAUUGUAGAACUUUGCGAAAAAAAUGCCGAUUUAGCCGCAACACUAAAACUUCGAGAUACUUUUGGGCGGCCUAGAAUAGAAGAAACACAAUCCGGUUUACUUGGAGUCAUAAAGGACCUUGCAGUUUUUGGUGGCGCAGCUGAUGAUCGACGUCGCACUGAAGCUAUAAGGUGCUGUAAAACAUUAGACGACUUACAAGCCGAACUUUGUAAACUGGGAUAUACUAUCAGUCGAUCAGGGUUAUACUUGAGACUUCUGCCCAGACGAGUCAAUACAGAGGAAGGAAAAAGACAUGUCGUAACUGUUCCUGUCAAACUAUGCAAACCCGACUCUACGCUACAUAUAAAACAUCAAGAUGGUCCAUUUUGUACUGCGACGAUAAGAAACCUUGAAUCGUUAGCUUUAAUUUUGGGCCCUGAACAAGUUUUCUUUUUAUCGAUGGAUGACAAAGCACGCGUGCCAUUAGGUAUUGUAGUAAAGAAAGAUGGUGAAGGAAAACCUGAAGCUGUGACACAUUCCGGGCCUACAUAUGUAGCAAUUCGCAGUGGAAAGCAUUCGUCCUCUAAUGCAGAGACUCAUGCCACAGAUAUACACAAACUUACUGAAAUAUCGGCCUUCGAGAACUUCAUGAAAACUCGAGAAGGUUUUGUAAAACCCGUAUUUAUUUUUACUUGCGAUGGUGGUCCCGACGAAAAUCCAAGAUACGAGCGAGUUAUAAUUUCAGUUAUACAACAUUUUAAAGAUUUUGAUUUGGAUGCUGUUUACAUUGCCACAAAUGCCCCAGGAAGAAGUGCUUUUAACAGAGUAGAACGACGAAUGGCACCUCUUAGUCGUGAACUUACUGGUGUUGUAUUAAAACACGAUAAUUUCGGUUCACAUCUCGAUUCCAGUAAUAAAACUACUGACCUGGACUUGGAAAAAAGAAACUUUGAGAGUGCAGGCACAGUACUGAGUAAUAUUUGGAGCCAAUUGGUCAUUGAUGGAUAUCCUGUGGUUGCCAAAUAUAUUAUGCCUACAGAAACUAGACUGGAUGUUGAACAGGCUAAGGCAUUGAAACGUGAUGCGAUUUGGUACGCAAAGCAUGUCCGGGAAUCACAAUAUUUACUGCAAAUAGUAAAAUGUGAAGUGGUUUCGUGCUGUGGUGUGCAACGAUCUAGUCUUCGGCGACUACUACGAGAGGGUUUUUUGCCACCACCUGUUUUAAUUAAACAGACGUCAAGCGGGUACAUAACAACAGAAAAGGAUGAUAUCGAAAGUAAAUUCGCUCCACUGUUACUUCAAUUAUCUUUAAAACUGAGUGCGUCAUCACAUUUAAAGCAAGUACCGUAUGAUAGUUACUGCCCUAGUAUUGAGGGAUACUUGUGUAAGCGAUCAUGCGGCUUCUGUGGUCUAUAUUUUGCAUCAUAUAAAGCCACUAACCUACACAAACAACUUCAUAAGAUUAAGAUUCCCAUUGCAAAGAUACGCCCUCAAAGAAUAGCAGCUAGACGUGCCAGAGAAAUUCUUUGCUUGGAUAUUAAUGAUGAUGCCUUAUGGUUGGAUGAAAAAGAUGUUGACACCACAAAUGUUCCUGACGUGAAAAACGAAGUGAACUGUGAAGUGACUGCCAUGCCAGUCAUAAAUAAUUUAAAGGACUGGGUUCAAAGUCCAUGGACUGAAGUUGAUUGA